ACACAUUCGUUCGAGCAGGAGGUGGAGUUGCCGUUGCUUACUGCAGAGUCCUGGUACCUGGGUACUGUGUAGCCAGUGGGGCUCAGGGCCGGAGCCAGGGCUGCUGCCGGUGGCAGUGCUUUCCUGAGUGACAUCCAACCGCUUUCCCACGAGGCAUUUUUGGGAAGCUGUGCUGAAACAGUGACCUUUGCCCCACAAAGCUGUGCUUUCCUUGGACAGCGUCCUGCCUUUACUUUUGCUUGCAUCUUCCUCUGCUAACCUCCGGAUGAGAGGGCAAAAACAACAUCUUAUUUUCAGGAUCACUGCGUACCAGGAGAUGAUUGCACCGCUACCUUGCUCAGCCGUUGCUGCCGUUCUAUUCAGGAGGUACCUCCUAAUGGCACUGCCUUCAUAUUUAUUCUGGAACAUGUUUGGUUUGACUGCAGCUAUGGAAUCUAAACCCAAUAUACUUCUCUUUCUGGCUGACGAUCUUGGCAUCGGAGAUAUAGGAUGUUAUGGGAACAAUAGUAUAAGGACCUCAAACAUUGACCGCUUGGCAAAAGAAGGAGUGAAACUUACUCAGCACAUCGCCGCAGCUCCACUUUGCACACCAAGCAGAGCAGCUUUCCUCACUGGCAGAUACCCCAUUAGAUCAGGGAUGGCGUCCAGCAACAGGUACCGAGCACUGCAGUGGAAUGCUGGCUCAGGAGGGCUCCCUGCUAAUGAAACUACUUUUGCCAGGCUGCUGCAGCAACAAGGCUAUACCACUGGACUGAUAGGAAAGUGGCAUCAAGGUGUAAAUUGUGAAUCCUUCAAUGAUCAUUGUCAUCAUCCUCUAAAUCAUGGGUUUGACUACUUUUAUGGUAUGCCUUUCACACUUCUAAACAACUGUCAAGAAAACAAACCUCCGGAGCUGGACGUAGCCCUUCAAGCUAAGCUUUGGCUUUACAGUCAGAUAAUUACCCUUGCUGUGAUCACUCUCGCUGCUGGAAAACUCAUUGGUUUGAUUUCCAUCCGCUGGAAGAUAAUUGCCUGAUUUGCUUUGGCGGGCAGCCUUUUCUUCAUUGCUUGGUACUCCAGUUAUGGCUUCGUGCAGUAUUGGAACUGUAUCCUGAUGAGGAACCACGAUGUCACUGAGCAGCCAAUGAGGUUAGAGAGGACUGCUUCCCUCAUGCUGAAGGAGGCAGUGUCAUUUAUCAAAAGAAACAGGCAUGGACCAUUCCUCCUCUUUGUUUCCUUUUUACAUGUUCACACCCCGCUCUUUACCACAGCAAAAUUUCUUGGGAAAAGCCAUCAUGGUUUAUAUGGAGACAAUGUAGAAGAAAUGGACUGGAUGGUGGGCAAAAUUCUGGAUUUGCUUGACAAAGAAGAUUUGAAAAAUUAUACAUUCACAUACUUUGCCUCUGAUCAUGGAGGACAUUUGGAGGCUCAGGAUGGAUCUGCCCAGCUAGGUGGCUGGAAUGGCAUUUAUAAAGGUGGAAAAGGCAUGGGAGGUUGGGAAGGAGGCAUCCGUGUGCCAGGAAUAAUUAGAUGGCCAGGAGUGUUACCUGCAGGCACAGUUAUUGAUGAACCUACGAGUCUUAUGGAUAUUUAUCCCACAGUUGUUCAUCUGGCUGGAGGAACAUUGCCACAGGACAGGGUGAUUGAUGGACGAAAUUUGAUGCCUUUACUGAGAGGAAGAGCUCAAAAGUCAGAGCACGAGUUCCUGUUCCACUAUUGUGGGUCCUACUUGCAUGCAGUGCGGUGGCACCAAAAGGACAGUGGAGCCAUCUGGAAGGCUCAUUAUGUGACCCCAGUCUUUCAUCCACCUGGGGCUGGGGCUUGUUAUGGAAAAGGAAUUUGCCCAUGUUUUGGGGAAGGUGUGACCCAUCAUGAGCCUCCGUUGCUGUUUGAUCUCUCACGAGACCCUUCAGAAGCCAAACCUCUGUCAGCCGACACCGAGCCUCUCUUUGACACUGUCAUAAGGAGGAUUGGAAGAGCCAUAGAAGAGCAUCGCAGGACACUGACUCCAGUCCCAGAGCAGCUCUCCUUGUACAAUGUUGUGUGGAAGCCGUGGCUGCAGCCCUGCUGUGGGACGUUCCCGUUCUGUUGGUGUGAUAAGGAAGGUGAAAGCACACAAAGUAUGUGAGAUGGAUGUCUACUAACAUGUCCUGUGGCACUGAGUCCUCUGCUGACAAAGCAUUUGGAAAAUAACUGUGUCCUUUCUCUCUCUGAGAAGAAAAGUGGGUGAAAAUAAAGAAAAGGAAAGUUGAUCAGA